ACAAUGGUCGAGGAACAGCAUUUAUUAGAAAGAGUACAGUCGACGAUUCCGGGCGAAACCCUCCUGACCGGCUGUGUUACUCCAGUGAGUUGUUUUAUUCUGACGCCGACGGGUAACAAGCCUCUCCCACCCAUUUCGCUGAAAACGAAACUUAAAUUAAUGACGUUCUUCAAGUGUUGGGGCAGGGGACGAGCCAGCUCUUAAAAGGCUCCGAGUCCCGAGCGUUCUUAGACAGCACUGAAGUCCGCAGCAUACGCCGGCCUGAUAGCUUGAGCGGUAGUAACUUUUCUUGAAUCCGCUAACACGAGUCCUGAGGCCUUUGUACCUUCUACCUGAUGGCAGCAGCGAGAAAAGAACGUGACCAGGAGGAACUCAGCAGAAUGGGCUUCCUGCUACUGUUGGGGGCAGGAACUGGAGCCGUGGCUGCAGUUGCUGCACUCCCUGCAGUUCUGGGGGCAGUGGGCUUCACAAGUACUGGAAUAGCGGCUGGUACCAUUGCAGCAAAAAUGAUGAGCGGGGCAGCUGUGGCCAAUGGAGGAGGUGUUGCAGCUGGAAGUACCGUGGCUGUCCUUCAGUCCAUUGGAGCAGCAGGACUGUCUACUGCUGCUAAUGCAGCCUUGGGGACUGCAGGUGCUGUGGUUGGUGCAAUCUUAGGGCGCUGAAGAAAAAAAUAACCUUGAAAAAAUUUAAAACAAAUGACAAUCAUUCCUAGAUUCUGAACCUGCGGAAAAAACUGUAAUUGAAAAUUCAUUAAACUUGUAUUAUCAGUAA